AUGAAGGGUCCCAAAAAUUCUUUACUCCUCCAACAUCUUCGGCAGUUAGAACUAUCCGAUUGUGGAAAUUUGAAAGAAGUAUUCCCUUCAUGCAUCUUGAAAGAACUCGCACAAUUGAGGCAACUUUUCAUUACAGACUGUAAUGAGUUGGAGGAAAUCAUUGAAGAAGAUUAUCAAAAUGUGUCGACUUCUCCGAAACCUCUCUUCCCACGACUUGUUUCAAUCUACAUCAAACGUUGCCAUAAGUUGAAAUGCAUAUUUCCUAAGAUCUUUGCAUGCCGACUGAUUCCAAAUAUAAAGGUAUUGUACAUAGAAGAUACAUCUGCGCUUGAGCGAGUAUUUGGAGAUGAACAGCAUGACACAACACACACAUACGAGGCUGCCACUCCUGCGUGGGAAUUAGAAUAUGUUGUCCUUCGGAACCUUCCCUCACUCACUUCGGUCAAUCCAUCCCCUGCUUGGCAAACUUUGAGGCACCUUAUUGUGCAACGAUGCCCUAAACUAUCUCUUACUUCCUCUGUUACUCCUCAAGAAAUGCUUGACAAACUGCCCAAAGGAUAUUCUUUCGAGCAUCAGAAAUUACGGGAUCAGUUGAGAGAUAUUAUCAAAUCCACGAAUGAUUCUGACAGAGAAAUCACCCAACAAAUUGACUAUCGAGAAAUCGGAGAACAGAGGAAUGAGCAAGGAUUGACAUCUGUUUCUUCACCAAACUUGACACAGAAUGUUGAAGGAGGAGCUGAAGAGUGUACUACAUCAGAAAAUGUUCAGAUAUCUACUUCAUUGGCUCAUUCAGAACCGGAAAGCUCAACCAAGGUCAACCUCACUAUCUUACUAUAUUACAUCUUGCACUAAUAUUCUCUUUCUUCCAUUUGUGACAUUCGUUAACUAUGUCUUUUCGGAUAUGUUGUCCCAGAGUAUCAAUCAAAUAAUGCCUGGUUUAGAGGUACCUACAGCAAUGCCGACUUCAUCUUUACCUCCUCAAUUGAUUAACAAGCCGUCGACAAGUAAUCCUGUAGAUAUCUCUCUCUCUAAAACACCUGAUGAUAAAACUGAGUUGGUCAAUACAAUAUCAACCAGUCAAUCAGAUUUGAAGGACCAACAACAACCACUUGCAAAAAUUGAAAUUUUGAAAAAAAUAAAAUUGA